CGGGACAGUUGCUUUCUUCAUUGAAUAAUCUAAAUAAUUAAUACGAAGUGGUGUUUUGUGGUUAAUGAUCGCAUUAAGUUAGUCGGAAGACAUUCGCGAGUGUUAUUAUAUUGGAGUAUUCAAUAAACAAAGUGUAUCUGCCUAUUUUCGCUUCGUGUCAGGAAGCCGCUUCAUAACUCAAAAGUUUAUGCGGACUUUUGAGUUAAUUCGUUUGGGGUUCGGAGUAGGAGUCUACUCCGAGGGUGGGGGCUUAGGUUUCAUCAUCAUCACCUUUCAUCAUUUCAUUAAUCAUCAAGAAAAAAAAAUACGUCAGACAUGGCUGUAUGGGCAUAGUUCCCUUUGCCUUACCCUUCGGGGAAAACCAAACCAAAAAAAAAAAAUUGAUCCGUUUGUGUUGGUUUGUUUUGUGUUAGUGUUGAUUUUCCCUGCAACUCUGCAUCAUGAUGGAAGACGACGGUGAAAUAGAGUACCUUGAUGAGGACGAGAAUCUCGUUCAGCAGUAUGUUCAAAACUUGCAGAGUUUACCGGUGAUAGAAUACGUUCGAAGUGUUGAUGAUAUUCAAAACCAAAUAGAUCCUUUGCUUGUUGAAAGAAAAAUUGUAGAGUCUAAAAGGAAACAUAGGAGUGACGAAGAUUCCGACUAUGUCCCAGGGGAGGACCUGCCCCAGCGUAAAAAAAGAAAACUUCCCACGAAAAGAACUCAAUACACUUUAAAACCUGUGGCUUCAAAAUCGAUGUACUAUGUAAACCAUAACACUGCCCAUACAAAUAAAACUUACGUAGAAAAGUUAAAGAAUUUGCCGAAUUUGACGGUGAAGAAACAAGAUGUUGCACGGAAAUACGAAAGGCGAUUUUUAAUUAAAGAAAAACGGCCUGGUCCACCUCAAAAAAAACCAACUCCACUUUAUUCUAUAGUUGAAAGAAAGAAGCUGGACAUAAAGAUCCCAGACUAUGAUGAUCCUCUGUGCCUUCCAGUGAAAGCAAUCAAAAAAGAUGAUAAUGACUUGAGGAGGCUGCGUAACUGGAACAACCUUUGUCUUGAUCAGUUUAAAAAGUGUGAUGGAUCACUAAGAGUGGAUAAAGGGACGGUGGUAUCCUCUACAAAGACCAUUGUACUUAGGAAUGUGAAAAAUAAAACCACAGGUAAAAUUGACACAACUAUUUGGGGUAAGUCAACUACAGAGAAUGAAAACGGAGAGAAAAAAACUGAAACAUUCUCAAGUAUCUUACCAAAAUACCGGGAGAAGAAAAUGCUGGGUUCAUACCAGCUUCUUCCAGGGCAUCCAAAGUACAACAAGCAUGUAUGUGAAGCCAUACUGACAAAGGAAGACCAGAAAGACGGAGACAUUCUCGUUGUUUACAAACCAAAGGAGGCAGUAUCUGCUGUUUAUAGAAUGCUUGGGGGACAGAAUAGUGAAGACAUGGAGUACGAAGAAGAUGAGACCAAAGAGAAGCGGGUUCUGAAGGAGGUGGCGUGCUGUAAGGUGUGCGCGCCCUGCUUCCAAGCCUCCUGGAGGGGCGUUCGGAGGAAGACUGACCAGGACGGGGUAAAGUGCCACAUGUGCUCGCGUAACUUCGUCAGCGUGUACAACUUGCUGACUCAUUUGAAGACCAACCACACUCCUCAGGACGUGAGGAAGAAUCGCGGCAUCAUAUCCAGGACUUUAGCUUCUGUGGUUGGGUAUCAUUACAAAUGCAGAGUAUGUCAGGAGCAGUUCCUCAGCAUCAAGAGUUUGAGGAAGCACGUUACUAAACAUCAGGGCGUGGAAAUCUUCAAAUGUGAAGUGGGUAAUCACAUGGCGAGCUGAUCGUCUAUGCAAGACUGAGACAUGAUGACCAUUUAAACAUAUAAGUAUCAAGAUUCCGUCAUCUUGUAUAGGAAACCACGUUGCUGAGUUUAAAAAAAAUAACAUUCCAAUGUGAUUUUCUUCAACAAAACCUCGACUACUCCCAAUGAGGAUAAAAACUGCCUAUUUCUCCUAUUUGCGGGCUUAGCACCGUAAGUGCGCGACUCUUUCUCGCCUCGACACACGUCACCCGUCACUCUCUCACAGUACUGCACAGAAAGAGACAGAUGACUCUGUCGCAGCGAGAAAGAGUCGCGUGCUUACGGUGCUAAGCCCGCAGGUAUGCUCAAAAGUGACAGCUAACAUUUCAAGCGAUUUCAAGGUUAGCCCAGCUGACGUCAUCCCACCCUGCGUUGCCAUUUCGUAAAAAAUAAAUUACCCACGUCCAAUGUUUUUAAAUUACUUUGCAAGGAAAUUUUGAACUUUUAGUAAAAUAUUUACGAACAGUUUUAAUGAUUUUUACCCACGACGGAACGGAGCAGGUAUAUGCGUUUAGGGUGAGAGAUGUUUGUGUGUGCGUUUGUGCAAAGAAAUGUUAUUAAUUAUCUUCUAAACUAAUAAUCCGAUUUUGAUGCGGUUUUCAAUAACGGGUUUGUGUUUGAUGAGUUCAUGUUAUUAGACAGGUGUCAUGUCUGUAACUCACUAGGGGGCGCCACAAUAUUAGAGUUUAGAGUCAAUAUUAUUCGAAACGCCUCUUCAAUUUAUAAUAGCAAUUUAUUUGCAAUAGUUUUUAUUAGUUAAUUGUUUUUAUAUAUGUGACAAAUAAUAGUAAUUAAAUACAUUAGUCAGUAAUUCACUUAAUUUUCAAUAAUAUUCACGUUCUUAGAAUGUUGGAGAUACCAAUUUAAUGGGCUAGCAAUGGCGGCGUGUCAUAGGAUUGAGCAUACCUGGUCUUAUACCAUGGUUAAAUCAGUAUUUGUCGUGUCGCGUCAGCCGUGCCGCGGAGUGCUACUCUUAUCGUCGUUUUUAAACUACUGUAGACAUCCACAAUGCAUAUCCUUCUCAAUAAAAUAAAACUUAUAAAAAUUAAAAAAAA